UUCCUGCCUUCCAAUUGGUUUGAAGAUCAUUGCCACCCACUGUAGUUCAUUACAUAACAGGACUUCGACAAGGGAAAGUUCAGAUAAUCCGAGAGCAACAACUUAAAACCACAUCGACCAGUGAGAGAUUUGCCUUUUGAAUCUUUUUGCAGCUUUUCAGUGCAGGAGCUGAGCUUGAAUAUAAACCGCGGCCCCUCCUGUUGCCAGUUUCGAUCCCGGGAUGUCGAUUGUAAGUAUUUUCCCUGUGGAUGCCAUCACCCUGGUGUUGCUGGGGGCUCUGACCAUUAUCCUCCUGCUGUAUUUCAACAGCGGCUUGAAAAAUCCCGGGGUCAUCAACUACCCCCCGGGACCCCCUUCUCUCCCAGUGAUCGGGAACCUGCACAUGUUGAAUCUGAAGAAGCUGAACAAAUCUUUGAUGAAGCUAUCUGAGAAAUAUGGCGAGGUAUUUAGCAUCAAGCUGGGACCCACAACUGCAGUGGUGCUGACCGGUUAUGAAGCAGUGAGGGAUGCUCUCGCCAACAAUGCAGAUGAAUUUGGAGAGAGAGCACACAUCCCAAUAUUUGAAGCACUUGCGAAAGGACACGGUAUUACUUUUGGUCAUGGGCCGUCAUGGAAGCAAAUGCGAAGAUUUGCCCUCAGCACGUUACGAGAUUUUGGAAUGGGGAGAAAAACCAUUGAAGAAAAAAUAAUUGAGGAAUCAGAUUUUCUGGUAACAGUAAUUGAGUCUUAUCAAGGCCAGCCAUUUAAUCCAACUAUCCAAAUGAACUCUGCUGUGGCCAAUAUAAUUUGCUCUCUGAUUUUUGGUGGCAGAUUUGAUUAUGAGGAUGAAAAGUUUGUCAGUUUAAUAAAGAGAGUGAAUGAGAACAUUCGAUUUUUUGGUUCACCUAUGGCCUAUCUGUACAAUGCAUUUCCGCUCCUGAGAUUCCUUCCAGGAAGACACAAUAAAGUGUUUACCAAUUCAAAACAGACUAUUAAUUUCCUCAAAGACUUCUUCAAAGAAAAUCGUCAGAAACUAGAUGGCAACGACUUGAGGAGUUUUAUCGAUGUGUUCAUGAUCAGACAACAGAAGGAAUCGGAGAACCGUAAUUCAUACUUUCAUGAGAACAACUUAAUGGCUUCGGCAGACAGCAUGUUUACUGCGGGGAUGGAGACCACCUCAACCACUCUCCGUUGGGGAAUGCUUCUGAUGAUGAAAUAUCCAGAGAUCCAGAGAAAGGUUCAUGAGGAAAUUAUCAGAGUUAUUGGAUCGGAACGACCUCCUAAAGUUGAAGAUCGGAAAGAUUUGCCGUACACUGAUGCAGUGAUCCAUGAAAUCCAGAGGUUUGGGGACAUAGUGCCACUGAACAUAACACAUGAAACAACAGUGGAUGUAAACUUCAGAGGAUACUUCAUUCCAAAGGGAACCUGUGUAAUCCCAUUGCUGUCCUCUGUGCUGUAUGAUAAAACCCAAUGGGAAAAACCAAAUGAGUUCAACCCAUCUCACUUUCUGAAUGCUGAGGGCAAGUUUGUGAAGAGAAAUGCCUUCAUACCUUUCUCUGCAGGUCGAAGAGUUUGUGCUGGUGAGACCCUGGCUAAAAUGGAGCUGUUCCUCUUCUUUACUACUCUGAUACAAAAAUUUAAGUUUCAAGUUCCACCAAACGUCAGUGAACUGGAUCUUGACUCUGUUGUGGGUUUUACUUCAAUCCCAAAGUACCAAACUGUGUGCGCUGUGCGUCACCUACAGCCCCCCCUACGAGAUCCGCCUGGCAAAGGUUCCAAGUCAGCUGCAGCAGCCUCAGGGUCUGCUGAAUCACCAGUAGCAAAUUGUACCCACAACCUACUGAAGCAAGAAGCCCAAAGUGACAACGGCCACUCCAAGACGGAAAGGUAUCCAGGGCCUGCUCGCUAUCUCCCCACGACGGAUGAUGAGUCAGACGGUGAGGGGUUUGGCGUACGAUCAUCUUACCAGUACACCAUGUCUUUCCUGAACGUCUAUGUUGGUGACACAGUAUCCUUAGUCCUUUUUUUAAUUUUGAUUGGAAUUGGUCUGUUGUAUUUAUAUAGUGGGAACAAACCCUCAGCUGCUUUCCAGCUUCCCCCAUGUCCAACUCCUUUACCAUUGAUCGGGAACCUGCAUAUGCUGGACCUGAAAAUGCUCUACAAAAACCUGAUGGAGCUAUCAGAGAAAUAUGGAUCUGUGUUUACCAUUCAGCUAGGACUGGAAAAGAUAGUGGUGCUCACAGGGUACGAAACAGUGAAAGAAGCUCUUGUGGAUCAUGCAGACACAUUUGCAGAGAGAGCAAAGAUCCCAGUGCUGGAAAUGCAGGCAAAUGGCUAUGGUAUUUCCUUUGGACACGGGGAAUCAUGGAAACAGAUGCGACGAUUUGCUCUAAUGACCCUACGUAAUUUUGGAAUGGGAAAGAAGACAAUUGAAGAUACAGUUACAGAGGAAGCUAGGUUUCUGGUACAAGAAAUCCAAUCUCAUGAAGGUCGACCCUUUGAUACAGCUGUGCCUGUCACCUCUGCCAUGGCUAACAUCAUCUGCUGGAUAGUUUUUGGUGAACGGUUUGACUACAAGGACAAAACAUUUUGUACCAUAACAAAGCUGAUACGUGAAAACUUUAAUCUACUUGGAACUUCUACAGUCCAGAUGUACAAUGCUUUCCCUUUCCUGGGCUUUCUGCCUGGAAUUCACAAGAAGAUAUUUGAAAACAGAACACAGAUGGUUCAGCUCAUCCUGAAUUUCUACAAGGAACAUGAGAAAACAUUGAAUGAGAAUGAUAUAGGGAGCCUAAUUGAUGCUUUCUUAGUAAAGAGGAAAGAGGAAUCAAAGAACUCGAAUUCCUAUUUCCAUGACAAUAACUUGGUGAUGUCAGUGACAAAUUUGUUUGCGGCUGGGACAGAUACAUCCUCUUCCACACUGCGCUGGGCCAUUCUCCUGAUGAUAAAGUAUCCAGAGAUCCAAGGAAGUGUUCAGGGAGAAAUUGAAAGAGUUAUUGGAUCAGAGAGAGUGCCCACAAUGGAAGAUCGGAAGAGAAUGCCAUAUACUAAUGCAGUCUUGCAUGAGGUUCAAAGGUUUGCUAACAUAAUUCCAAUGAAUAUGCCACAUGCAACAACCACAGAUAUACAUUUCAGAGGAUUUUUUAUUCCAAAGGGAAUGCAGGUGAUUCCAUUGCUGUCCUCUGUGCUGUAUGAUAAAACCCAAUGGGAAAAACCGAAUGAGUUCAACCCAUCUCAUUUUCUGGAUGCUGAGGGAAGGUUUGUGAAGAGAGAAGCCUUUAUGCCUUUCUCUGCAGGUCGACGGAUUUGCUUAGGGGAAAGCCUUGCAAAAAUGGAGCUUUUUCUCUUCUUUACAACUUUGAUGCAGAGAUUCACCUUCCAUGCCCUGCCUGCCACCCCCAUAGAUCUCACACCCUGCGUUGGUUUUACUUUAUGCCCAAAGCCUCACCAAGUGUGCGCCAUAGUCCGUUAACAGACACAACUCACAGUAUUGUCAAGCCUUCAAGAAAACCAUAGACUCUCCACAAAUUGA